AUGACGAGCGAUGACCAAUUUUUUCUAGAUUUCCUGUCGUCCAUCCCGCAUGACGUAAAGCGAUACUCGACGGAGGUGGCAGAAGCCAUCGAUCGCCACGUGGACUACGCUGCCACUGUGGUCAAAGACACAUUAACAGUCUAUUUUCCCUCUAUAGUAUACGGCAGUGCUCGCGAUGCUCGAUUAUUGCACCCCCCGAAACCGCGCUCAGUCCCGGAGCGAGUCUACGACUGGAUUUUGCGCAAUAGGGCAUGGACUGCCGCGAUAGUGGCAUUUUUCGGGACCGGUGGAGUUUUGUUACUGGGUAGUCGCGCGUUUGAUCAAAAGAAGCGAAGGGCUAGAAGGGCCGGAAAUGGGGCUCGAAAGGAAAUUGUCGUCAUCGCCGGAUCUCCUCAUGAGCCUAUGACGAGAGCAAUUGCAGAGGAUCUGGAGCGCCGUGGGUUUAUUGUUUAUGUCGUUGUUCAAACAGUGGAAGAAGAGCAUAUCAUUCAGACGCAAAAUCGAUCGGAUAUCCGAGCUUUGCAUCUCGACUUGACAACAACCCCCACCACACCGUCCGGAAUACAUCCAGCACUUCAUGGCAUCUAUUCCCUCAUAUCACAACCGCAAUCCCCCGCGCCUGGUAUCCAGCCGCAUACCUGCCACCUAAGUGGCUUAAUUAUACUACCUUCUCUAAACUAUCCCACCGGCCCAGUACCGACAAUCCCCGCAUCAAGCUGGGCAGAUACCGUCAACACACGACUCCUCUCACCAAUACUAAUCACUCAGAUGUUCAUGCCUCUCCUCACACACCGAAACCAUAGCAAUGCAAUCCUCUUUCUCUACCCCUCCAUCUCUUCCUCCCUCUCAGCUCCUUACGCUGGCCCCGAAGUCGCCGUCACCCGCGCUCUCUCCGGAUUCGCAACCUCAUUACGACAGGAACUUCGCCUGCUACAGUUUUCUAACGGCACACCAUGUAACACCGACGUAGUCGAAAUGCGACUCGGCAAUCUCGACCUCGGCUCGCAGUACCGCGUUUCCCAAGUCACCGGCACCGAAAUCCUCGCAUGGAGCCCGCAGCAACGGGCGCUAUACGGGCCAUCAUACAUGUCCAGCAUCGAGCAGCGACCUGUAGCAUCCAAUGGACCCAGCGCAAUCCGUGGCUCGCCAGGCCGCGCGUUGUACCACGCCGUCUUCGACAGUCUCACGCCUCCGCAAAAGUCUAUUUUCGGAAAGAAGAAGCGCAGAAAGGCUGUCGUGUUUGUGGGACGGGGAUCGCGCUCGUAUGGAAUCAUUGGAUACUGGAUUCCGGCCAGUAUCGUUGGGUUGAUGUUGGGCAAUGGGCAUGCUCUUAGCACGUCGGAUAGUGGAGCGAGCAGCGAGACUGGGUGGGAGAGGGUGUAG